AACCAUGAAAUCGGAACAUCUAAAACGGAUGAAGAGAUGCUGUGCAACUCUUCAAGAUCUAGCUAGCUAACUCGACCGAAGGGUAGCUUGUCAUUGUUGUCCUUGGAAAAACAGUAGCAACUUACAGAAAGGGAAGGACCAUGAGACGAUUUCCUUGUCAUCUUCUGAAGGCCCUAAUCUGGCUGUGCCCGGUCUUGGUCAGUCAAGCCCAACUACAAGAUGGCAAUCAUUAUCAUCUUCUUCGAGGAUCAUCUCGGUCCCUUCAAGAAAGCACCAACGAGCAGGACAACAACGCCAAAAUGUUGAAUUCUCUUUUACGGCUAGCAUUGCCCACCGUAAAUGACGAAAUCAGGCAACAAGCCCCUGACCCAUUUUCUACUGAUCAGACGGGAACCUACAAUAUCGGAUCUUCCAGGAUACCCCUGUGGUGCAAAUCGGCCUCGUUUGAUUUUGAUUACACCGUGGGAGAAAUCGUUGGUUUGUCAGACAUGUACAUCGAGUCGAUGAGUGUACUGCCAUUCUCUGUGGGUCUGGAUCCCGGUCUCAUCAGGACCGAUUGGAUGGGAAGCUUCAUGGCCAAAGUAGCCACUCCCAGUAUGAUCAUGGCCAAUGACUUGCAUGGGACCCUGAAAGCCACGUGUCCCGAAAAUGGAAAUGAACGAACAUUGUCCUUAAGCGGAGCCAUGGUAGCCGUGGCACCAACUCUGGAAGGACGAAUGGACCUGGCGGGACGCUUGUGUGGAGCCGGAACUAUGGCAUUUCAAAAUGCAUCCAUCCCAAAUCCAAUGGACGUGGGAUACGACAAUAUUAUUACCAGCAUUGAUGAAUCACCCAGUUGGCUCCCAAGUUUCCUUUUGGAAAGCUUGGUGGGAUACUUUGCCGAAGUCUACAAGCAAGAUUUGAUUGACUUUGUCGAGCCGCGUAUGCGACCCGCCAUUGAGAGUAGCCUGGUAGAGACGGCAUUUUCGUCGCCCACGGAUCUGAUUCCGAUGAAUCUCGGUUUCAUGCGAAGCAGUGUGGAGCAUGGAAUAGAACGACUGUUUGGGUUGGAUGGUGAAGAGGAUCCAUAGUGAUCCUGGCAUGGCUGAAGUGACAUCGAGCUGGACAUUUCCGUCUCCCACACAACUGGUGGUUGUUUGUUGUAUGUAGAGUAGCUCUUCCAUGACGUAACACUAGUUUCUUGACGUCCCUAUCACUGUGAAAGACAUCCUCGAGCCUCGAGCAAAGAUGUCUGCUGGGUCUCCAAGUCAGAUACCAUACCAUGACCGUGUCUUAAGGUUGGGUUUGUGCGUGCUACUAGCUAGCUUGUAUUAAUAAGUUGGGUAUCGAUGUUGGUACAUUAUCGUUUAGUUUACAGUUUAGUUUGUAUUACAGUUCUAACUUUUCUCUAUAAGAUGGAUGCUGUGUUCUCAUGCCGUGUUGGCAACAGUCAUGGAGGGUCUUCUUCUGGCGCAACCUCUCAUUCUCUGGAGAGAGGCUUGCUCUUUUACCCCUGUCCCCCAGCGUCCCCCAGCGGGCAUUGUUGGUGCUGGAGUGACAGUCUCUUGUCCGUCCAUGUCAAGCUCACUAUUGGUGCAGCGAAUUUCUGGAAGCUGCCGUGUCCGUGAUCUGCGCUGGCGUCGCUUGGUAGGAGGAGGGGGAGAUAAAGAGCUACUGCCACGGGAUAUUACGUUGCGAAUGGCAUGAAGCUGAAGGCUGUCAUCAUGGCUCAAGAGACACUCGGCAGCAGCAGCGUCCUUGCGGAAUCUUCGAAAGUCAGCGGCACUGUAGUACAGGUCUUCUUUGAGGACCAAUGAAUCCUGGCGGUCAACUAGAAUGGUUUCCACUGUCUUUGCAAACCUGACACUCAUCUUCACUGCUUUGGUUUCUUUGCUCAGAGUGACGGGAGGGGGUGAUACGGUCAUUCUGCACAUGAUGCUAUUGUUAGGCUCUUCUACCGAAAGGGAGCUAAUACAACAACUAGAUCGUUCAAGGUUAUUGAUGUUCAUUAGUCUCCAAACUGAAAAUUGUGAGACUUCUACAACCUAGACC